AUGAUUGCUAAAAUUGAAAAUGAUUUACAAAACUGGAGUAUUCAAGAAGAACCUUUCAAAAAGAUUUAUCAAUUAGGUAAUUUCAGUUUCCUCACUCGUUGCAAUAUUAAAACUUGUGAAUCUACUAUUGCCAUUAACAAUUCUUCUGAAAUUGUUCGUCUUGUCAAAGACAAAGAUCUAGACAGGUACAAAUCUAGAUUCAACUAUUUGCAUAUUGGUUUAGUUCAAGUUGCUGUAAAACCUCUGUUCAGAAGAGGUCUUGAUAUUCCUGUCUGCGUUCUCCUCAGAGAUGACAGAUUUCUUAAUUUUGACGAUUCCCUUCUUGGAUUACUUCAAAGUAAUCUCACUGAUGGACCAGUUUACUUCAACUGUUAUCCUAAUUUCUCGGUUGACAUUAAUGAUCCUAAUGUCACAGACACUCUGACUCUCAAUGUCAAAACCAAAAAUCUUAAUAGCAAAACUGAUUCGAGAGAAAUUGCUGUAGUUCUAUAG